UCUCCGAAAAGGGGAAAGCCGAAAGGAAAAGGCAAGGGAAAGACGAAGAAGGCUCAAUUUUGGAUCGCAUCAAUGGCGGAAGAGAAAAGCUUCAAGUACGUUAUCGUCGGAGGUGGUGUCGCCGCCGGAUAUGCGGCGAGAGAGUUUGCGAAUCAGGGUCUUAAGCCUGGUGAACUUGCGAUCAUUUCCAAGGAAGCCGUUGCACCUUACGAGCGUCCUGCUCUUAGCAAAGGAUAUCUUUUCCCUGAAGGAGCUGCUAGACUUCCUGGUUUCUAUGUCUGUGUCGGGAGUGGAGGGGAGAAAUUGCUCCCAGAAUGGUACACCGAGAAAGGGAUUGAGCUUAUAUUAAGCACAGAGAUCAUCAAAGCUGAUCUUGCCGCUAAGACUCUUGUCAGUGCUUCAGGACAAGUCUUCAAGUACCAAACUUUGCUAAUUGCAACUGGUUCUUCUGUCAUAAGAUUGUCAGACUUCGGGGUCCAAGGUGCAGAUGCUAAGAACAUAUUCUAUCUGAGGGAAAUCGAGGAUGCUGAUAAACUCGUGGAGGCCAUCAAAGCAAAGAAGAACGGAAAGGCCGUGGUAGUCGGUGGCGGUUACAUUGGUCUUGAACUUAGUGCAGCCCUCAGGAUUAACAACCUCGAUGUUUCCAUGGUUUAUCCCGAGCCUUGGUGUAUGCCUCGGCUUUUCACGGCCGGAAUCGCUGCUUUCUACGAGGGUUACUAUGCCAACAAGGGAAUUCAAAUCAUCAAGGGAACAGUUGCAGUCGGUUUCAGCACCAACUCUGAUGGAGAGGUCACGGAAGUGAAACUAAAGGAUGGUAGAACACUAGAAGCUGACAUUGUAAUCGUGGGUGUCGGUGGUAGACCUCUGAUAUCGCUCUUCAAAGGGCAAGUUGAAGAGGAGAAGGGUGGAUUAAAGACUGAUGCCUUCUUCAAGACAAGCCUCCCCGAUGUGUACGCAAUUGGAGAUGUGGCUACCUUCCCCAUGAAAAUCUACAACGACGUAAGGCGCGUUGAGCACGUCGACCAUUCUCGCAAAUCAGCUGAGCAAGCCGUCAAGGCGAUCAAGGCUGCGGAGGAAGGGAAGUCAGUGCCGGAAUACGACUACCUCCCGUACUUCUAUUCCCGAGAGUUUGAUCUCUCGUGGCAAUUCUACGGUGACAAUGUCGGGGAAACCGUGCUGUUUGGAGACAAUGACCCGAAAUCGCCAAAGCCAAAGUUUGGAACGUACUGGGUGAAAGACGGGAAAGUUGUCGGAGUGUUCCUGGAAGGAGGAACUCCGGACGAAAACAAGGCUAUAGCGAAACUCGCACGUGCCCAGCCCGUGGUCGACAGCCUUGACGUGCUUUCCAAGGAAGGUCUAUCCUUCGCCAGCAAGAUAUGAUUCCAGCCUAGAAGAGAGGGAGAGAGAUGGGACAUGUUCCAUUGUUUCCAGUUUCAUUGUUUGAGUUUAUAUGACGCACCUGCUUGAUUCUGAUUAUGAUUGCGAGCGAGAUAUAAUAUAAUGGUUUUGUUUCAGCUGAUUUAA